AUGGCAGCUGCAGCCUACACAUAUCACGGAUCGGUGCUACCUUCAGUUACUCGUCUACGUCAAAAUCUCUCAUUUUACAGUUCGACGAGUAGUUCAGUGACAAUUGAAAAGAAGGGAUCGUCCAAAGGAAAAAGCAGGCACCUGGCAGUGGUGAGAUGUAGCAUAGGAAUAGAGGACUUCAUUGGAGGAGAUCUUGUAAAAUUUGAUUUGGGACAGUGGUCAUCAGACGUCGAAGAGCACAAAGCUUUGGCUAUCUACUCACCGCACGAAGGUGGGUACGAGGGCCGGUACCUUAACCGGCUUAGGUACCAAGGCUACCAUUUCUUGGACCUCUCAGCACGCGGCCUUGGUGAUCCCGAAGCCACUCUCACCAAGUUUCACCCUGUUUGCCCUGCUCACGUAGGGAAACAGCCUAUAGCCAGAUGGUAUUUCCCACCAGAAGUUGAUUACAGGCUCUCUUUGCUUCCACCAAACGCCAAAGGACUAGUGGUUUGGAUAAUUGAAGCCAAGGUUUUAUCAAAGGCAGAAUUGCAGUUUCUUGCAUUACUUCCCUCAUUAAGGCCUAGAGUGAGGGUGAUAGCAGAAUGUGGAAACUGGAGAAAAUUUAUGUGGAAACCACUCAAAGAAAUUGCAGGACUGCCUGCAAAUUAA